AUGAAGGAACACCUGGUCAUCACUCUGAGCAUUGUCCAGGAGCAGUGCUGUCGCUCAGUCAUACGAGACAAACUCUGUAACAGCGGCAUCAAGAUGGGCAAAGAGCAGGGAGCCUGCGAGAGGCCUUUUUUCCACGGAGACCCCUGGGAGACCAAAAUCUCAAAGAUGUGUUGCGACUGCUGUGAGCUCGGCCUGACGGCGGCCAGUCGUGGUUUGAGCUGCGAGCUUCACGGUCUGUCGCUGCCUCGCCAGUGCAGCUACGCAGCCAAAGUCUGCUGCGGCAACAGCACAACGCAUGAAAGCAAACCGACUGCUGCAGCGACGGAAAAGCCUGAAGUGACGACGACGAAGCCUCCAGAGAGAACAAACACCUGCAGAGAUCCAGGACACACAUUGCACACUGUGAUGUCUGAUUCUUUGUGCGCCUCUGUGCUGCUUUCAGACUCCAACUGCUCCCAGUUGUGUGUCGGUGACGGGAAAUGUGGCUGCCAUGAUGGCUUUCAGCUGCGUCAGGAUGGAGUCAGCUGUGAGGACGUUAAUGAGUGUCUGACCAACAGUCACAACUGCAUCUCUGGGCAAGUUUGCAUUAACACCGAAGGUUCGUUCCGCUGUCAGAGGGAAACGAGCUGUGGCACUGGGUAUGAACUCACAGACCACAACGUCUGCCAAGACAUUGAUGAAUGUGCUUUGGGGACCCAUAACUGUGGAGCUGACUUUGUUUGCACCAACACCGAAGGCUCCUUCCGCUGCAAGCCGAAGGAAAAAUGUGGAGACGGUUAUAUUCAGGACGCCGUCGGCAGCUGUAUCGACAUCAACGAGUGUGUGGUCCACACCAACCCCUGCCAGCCUGGACAGACUUGUAUCAACUCAGUGGGAUCGUACACGUGUCGCAGCAACACGGUCACCUGCGGACGAGGAUACCACCUGACCGAGGACGGCAGCCGCUGUGAAGAUGUGGACGAGUGUCGUACGGGCAACGUCUGUGGCGACCACGGCUGCGUCAACCUGCUGGGAUCGUACCGCUGCGAGUGCAAAACUGGCUUCAGCUUCAACAGCAUCACCAAGCUGUGUGACGACAUUGAUGAAUGUGCUGCAGGAACACACACCUGUUCGGUCUCUCAGAGCUGCUUUAACGUCCUGGGAGGAUACCGCUGUCUGUCCUUUGAAUGUCCUCCAAACUUCCGGCAAGCAGCGAAGGGACGUACAAGACCCGGAGCAGAUGCUUCAGCCACAAUACGCUGUAUGAAGCACUGCCAACCUCAUGACGCUAACUGUGUCCAUCAUCCCGUCAACAUGGUCACCCACACUGCUAUCUCCCUGCCAACCUUCAGAGACUUCACUGAACCCGAGGAGAUAGUUUUCCUGCGGACAACUGUACCAGCUGACCCCGCUCCUCCACCCGAUGCGACGGAGGUUUUCUUCGUCGUCUUGGGUGCAGAACACCAGGCUUUCUUUGACAUGGUGCGGCGCGCCUACAAUGGCAUGGUUAUGGGUGUAAUCCGGCAGGUGAAGCCCAUCAUCGGCCCCAAGGAGCUUGUGUUGGAGGUUUCUAUGAACUACGUCAAGUCAGGGAUCAUUUUUCAACGCAGUGUUAUCAUGGUUCAUGUCUUCAUUUCCGAAUUCUCUUUCUGAUCUGACACAAGAAGGUGCUGGCAAUCGGCAUCACA